AAUUUUUUAAAACUGUUAUCUAUUGCAUUUCCCCUCCGCACUCUCGAUAUCCGCUUGUAUUAUUUCUAGUUUAACAGAUGAGUAGGAAGCACUAAAGUAGUGAGCCAAAUUACGCUCCGUGCCAACGCCCGGUCUCAUCGAAGCUAAGCUAGUGCUAGCCAGUGGUCUUUCCGAAGGGCCGCAGAAUUGUCGGCCGCCCUAACACAAGGAAGUGAGAUGCAGACCAUCAAAUGUGUGGUGGUGGGCGAUGGAGCAGUGGGAAAAACCUGUCUACUGAUUUCAUACACCACCAACAAAUUCCCCUCUGAAUAUGUACCAACAGUGUUUGACAACUAUGCAGUAACUGUAAUGAUUGGUGGUGAACCAUACACCCUUGGUUUAUUUGAUACAGCAGGUCAGGAAGAUUAUGACAGGUUACGACCACUAAGCUACCCACAGACGGAUGUCUUCUUAGUCUGCUUCUCAGUUGUUUCGCCAUCCUCAUUUGAAAAUGUUAAAGAAAAGUGGGUCCCGGAAAUCACCCACCACUGUCCCAAGACCCCGUUCCUGUUGGUAGGCACUCAGAUCGACCUACGCGAUGACCCCUCCACUGUGGAAAAGUUAGCCAAGAACAAACAGAAGCCCAUCACCCCGGAGACAGCUGAGAAGUUGGCUCGUGACCUUAAGGCGGUCAAAUAUGUGGAGUGCUCAGCCCUCACGCAGAAAGGAUUAAAGAAUGUGUUUGAUGAGGCAAUACUGGCCGCCCUGGAGCCCCCCGAACCUAAGAAAAGACGUAAAUGUGUUCUGCUCUAAGUUUGGCCUCAGCCUUCUCCACACCCUUCCCUAGGUUAGCAAUACACAGACCACCACAAGUUGAAAGAUCAUGAAAUAUUUGCCUCCUGCCUGAAUUAACCUAAAUACAUAUUCAGCGUGAGCAUGAUUAAGAAUUGAUGCGGUUUGUGCUGACUUCAUACUUCGAAAUGGCCUCACACGAUGACUUUUUAAAAUAUAUCAAAAAGUAGGGGACGUCUAGACAAUUCCGCUUCAUUUAAGUCUACAGAAUGGCUCGUUUUGUCAUACAGUAUUAAUGCACAGAGUAGUUGAGUGCGUUUAGUUGCUCAUUCAAUCAGAGUAUGAAUAUAAAACACAAAAAUUAUAAAAAUCAGCCUUGGGACAGAUCUAUUUGACCUAUUAGUGCUUUUAGCUAACAAUGCCAGUUUAUAUUGCAGUGUGAACACUCCACAUAGAAAGUUGUAUUUAUCUUGAAUACUUAACACAAAUGCUGAUAUUUCACUUUGUAGGUGCAGAGAACGAGGCCAGUGUAUGCUUUUUAAAGAUGGCCGACACGGCUACAUUACAUCAGAUAGUGACGGUGUGUCACACUUCUUUACAAAACUUAAGUGUUUUGAUUCCAGAUCCUGUGAAGGUUUUUAAAUGCCAGAAAGUGUUUGCAUUGGUCUUGUACUAUCGCCACUCCUAGAUGAGGGCUUGAUUUAUUUGUACAUAUGCUUGGAAUAAAUCAUAACUUAUGGACUGAUAAGUGUGCAUUACUGAUGCAAGUUAAGAGAGAAGUUCAGGUGAUGCUGAAAUAAAAUGACCAGAAAGUGUUAAUUCCAAUCGGAAGAUGGGUUUAUUUUUAUUUUUUCCUUUUCAAUUUAACAUCAACCUGUACUGUAUUUUCCUUGUGAUUAAAAUGUCACAAUAAACUAGUAUUUUGAAAAGACUUUAA